GAGCCCACAAAGAAGCUCCGUAAAAUAUAAUUGAACAUCCACUUCCGGUUGUAAUGGCUUCCUUGGAGACAGGUGCUCGUGUAUAAAUAAAUAUCUGAAAGUAGGAUUUUUCACGAUUUGUGUCAUACAUUAACACAUCUUUUUGGUUUAGCUAUAAAGCAAGAUGUCCUCCAGUUUUGUGGAGCCACGUGGAAUCCCCACCAUCUUUGGGGAGGUAGUAGAGAGGAAUGUUGCGUUUUGCAUCGAUACAUCAGGAAGCAUGUAUAAGGGCAUUGAAAUGGUGAAAGAGCAUUUAAUAGAAACUCUGAAAAAGAUGGCUAGCACAGGAAAACCAUAUUCAUUUAACUUGAUAGAAUUUAAUUCUGAAGUGAAUCAAUGGACAGACAAGCUUGUUACCUGUACACCACAGACUGUGGCAGUGGCAGAAGAGUGGAUUAAGAAAAUGGCAGCAAAAACUGGCACAAAUACCCGGGAUGCUCUGUUAACUGCAUUACAGGAUCCACUAUGUGAUGCGGUGUAUUUAGUUACAGAUGGAUUGCCGGAUCAGUAUCCUGCAGAGAUUCUCGAGCAUGUUGCAAGCGUUGGGGGGAUGAGACCUAUUCAUUGUAUAUACCUUUCAACAGAGGAAACCACGGAGACUGCUGCAAUUGAGUUCCUCGAAGACUUGUCUAUUGAGUCUUAUGGUUCCUUCCAUAUAGUGUCGCUCACCACUCAUGGGUGCGUUGAGCGAAUAACACCAAUCUACAGAGCUGAGCACGCACAAGAACGCAUCAUACGCACGAUAAAUGGAACAAUCCGCCCAAAUAUACAGAGAUGCAGUGUGGCAACUACUCUUCAAGUAGACCCUGAUGACAGCAUUUCUCUUGCACCAAGAGUCUUUGGCAGUACAGUCCCUCCCACCUGGUACCCACCCUGGGGUCCGUACUGGUAUGACUGGCUAGGUAUGCCAUUUCGCUACUACUACCCAUAUGCCUGGAGCAGGUACAGACCAGCCAAGGGCUGGAUAAAGGCCCAGGAGGCAAUGACGGAGUCCAUUGAGACCUCCGGUCUUUCACCAGCAGCCGGCUCACUGCUGAUCAACAAACAAGUACUGGCUAGAAGGAUUGAUGAUGGCUACUUCUAUCAGGCUACAGUCAAGAGUCAGAUCCUCUCAGACAAGUUCCUGGUUGGUUUUGGUCCAUGUAAACACGGCAAGUACACGGACACGAUCUACCAGGACACCCAUGUAUUCGACAUCAUAGACUAUGAGGACGCCCGGCGACACACUAUUCUCACUGGGGACAAGGUACUGGCACCAUGGGAACCAGAGGGAGAGAGAUACGGGCCGGGCACCGUCAUAGAGGGACAUGAAAAGAGAAACGCUGAAGGGGCCUAUGAAGUGGCCAUUACAUGUGGUCCAUCCGACAAGGAGAUUGCAGUCAGUUUCACAAAUGGCAAGGUGUCCAACGUGCCUCUCAAUACGGCCAUCUGGGUUCCAAGGGAGGUGUAUGAGAGAAUCACGCUGGAGCUCAAGAUGCCACGUGAUGCCAGACAGGAGCUCAUGACAGAGGAGCGCUACCCCAUGGAGUCUAAGCAAGGUUACCCGACAUCUGGCCCCUCAGCCACUCCCCCUGACUAUGAGCUUGCUGACCCCCUGCUGUUUGACUAUGACCCCAUGGUGGUGGAGAGGAGGGGUCCCUGGAGAUACCCCUUCCACCCCCCAUACCCCCUCAUCAUGAAGAAGGGGCUGGAUACCACCCGCAGGCACCAGUUGGAGAGAGAAGAGAGGGACACAGACAAAGUUGUUCCAGGUACCAGUCUAUCAGAACAGGAACUCAAUGACCGGAUUGCCUCCCAGCUAAUGGAGCACAAGCUGCUAUUAGACGAACGCGAAACAGAAAAGGGAACCAGAAAGGAGAAGAGGGAACCUGCUGUUAGAAAAGGAACUGUGACUUCGGAUUCUGCUCCUAGACCGGGGUCCAGUAUACCAGAGGAACUGCAGAAGCGAUUGGAUGAGACACACAGGCUGUGGUGUGAGGAGAUGGAGAAGAAACAGCUUGAACAGGCCUCCACUGAACGUUCUCUUGGCGCUGAGGAUCCCAUAGAUGUAGAGGCCCAGCUCCAAAGGAAGUUGGAGGAGAGGAGACAGGAGUUAGACCGCCAGUGGGAGGCAGAGCAAGCCCUCAUACAGAGCCAGAUUGAGCGUGAACGUCUGCUGAAGCGGCGCGAGAAACAGGAAGAGAACCAUCUGCGGUCCAAGUCUGUUAGCUUUAGUGAUGCAGCCCUCAACAAGGAUGAUGAAGAAAGCGGGUACCAGUCGCACCUAUCCCAGGGAACCUCUAGUGGAAAUCAUUAUGAUGGCUACUACAGUGAUCCAGAGGACAUGACCUCGCAGUCCUUAAGGGAGCAGGGUGUGAACACAGAGGCAAGCCUGUUGCAGCGGCCCCGUAGUUCCCGGUCAGGGCGGCGGCCCCCAUGGAAGAACUACUGGCGGGCUGACCCCAGCAUGCCCAUAGUAAAUGCCCACCAGGGGCCUUUCAGGGAGACAGCUCUGGCUGCCCCCUUGGAAGCCAGAGACAUGAGCCGGACACCAUAUAUUGCCGAGUGGACCAGCCCUGUCUACAGGUAUGUGGAUCCGUUUGCAAAGCACAACUACACAGACUCCGUAGAGAAGUGCCUCAAACCUCCCACUGCCCCGCCUCCAAGACAGGUGGGCGUGGCUACCAGACCCACCCACACACGACCCAUGUCUGCAGACACCAAGGCAGCUCUGAGACAGGAUUUCAAACGUCGGCGAGAGGAGCAGAGGUCCCGUGCGUGGGACAUGCGCAUGAAGAACUGGGACAACAUGCAGGGCCUUAUGGAGGACCAGCACAAGGAGCGAGUACAGGCACAGAUCAGUCGUGAGAAGGACCGUCAGGUGAAGGAGCAGCGUCAGAUUGAGCAGUCCAGAGAGCAGAAGAAGUUUGUGAGCAAGGAGAUCCGAGAGAAGAAGGAGGAUGGUCAGAGGAAGGAGGUCCACAAGGAGGAGAUGCGUAUCCGGGCGAUGCAGCAGAGGCGUGAACACCGGGAGGAGGCCCAGAGGCAGCGGGAGAGACAGACCGAGGAGCUGCAGCAACGUAGAGCUGAGUUGAAGGCCGCCAAGUCGCAGGAGCGCUGGAACUCCGUGCAUCGCAGGCUGGACCAGGAAGAGGCGGAGAACUCUGUGCGCGCCCAGCAGCAUCAGCACGCCAAGGUGCAGAGGAUCCAACACUUCCAAAACCUUGAGGAGAAGGGACAGAGGAGGAAGGAUGUACGCAUCGGGGUCACCGACAGGCACCUCUCCAUGUUUGAAAGUGUGCCCUUGUUCUAGUUAUCAGGAUCCCUGUUCUGAUUCAGUUUGUUACAGUGGUUUAGAUUGGACUUCAAUGUGUUGGCUAUGCGUUUAAUGAUUGGCUCUUGGGCUACUUACCUUAGUUAAGAUUGGCACUUUGGUUAAAGGAAUUAGUUCUGAUUGGCUCUUGUGUUAGUCUUUAAGUUAUUUUCACACAUCCUGAUCUUGGCUCAUGUAUUUCAUGUAAUUACAAAAGAUCUGUGUAAUUUACAUCGUUAUGAUUGAUAUUUUUUGUUAUUUAUAAUCGAGUCACACUAAUUCUGACUGGUUCUUAUGUUAAUAAAUAUAGAUGUAUUUUUCUUGUUUCUACACAAAACCUGAUAGAGCUUACAUUGGUUGGAAAGUGUUGAAUGUUUUAGUUAUUAAGAUAUACAUUAUUAGUUAUGAAAUUAUUCAUGUUUAUAGCUAUUGUUAUGCUGUAGCUAAGCCCGAGUUCAAUGCUUGCCUUGUGGUUUUGUUUCAGAGUCAAUAGUAGCUUCUGAUGAAUUAGAUAGUCAAAAUAUAUUUUGUUAUUUGGUUUUGUGAUGUUUCUUCAUGUUUUUUUUAAUGUUUAAUCUUUUUUUCUGGAGGGGAUGUAGGCAGCUUAGAUCACCUCUCCAUUGACUAUGAGGUGUUUUUUCCCUCGUUUUUUACUUGUUGGGAGAAAUGUAUGUUCAAAGUGUCUUUAUUGUUAGCUGAUAGCAUGGUCCCCACACCACUUUCUAUCUGUAAUAUCUGUUGUAUUGUUGUGUUAUUAAAAUGAUGUUGUUAUAAAUGGCGGACGUAUGAUAAACAUUUUAAUUAAUAUGUUUGACAUAUGCACAUUCAUAUAUGUUAUUCUGAUUAAGUCUUUGGAAUGUGUUAGAAUACUUGUUAUAGUUAUCAAAUUCAAGGGAGGAAAUCAAGUUUUUGUUGUCAUUGUGUUGUACACAACAAAACCAUAUGUUUCAUAUACCGGUGUUUUGUGUGUGCAGAAUUGGUAGUUUGCUGCUGCCCCUUUUCUCUAAAUAAUAGCUCUAAAAUAAAACCAUUCAAGUAAUUUGUGUUUUUUUUCCCUAGCUGCUUCAGAGAAUAUUAUUAUAACCUGAUUUUAAACAUUGUUAGCUUUGUCAGCAAGAUCAUUUCUUUUGUGUGUGUUUCUUAUAUUUUAUAACCAAAAUUAUAGUAUAGUAUAUCGUGUAGGCAUUUAAGUGGCACGGGUAAAAUUAACUAAGUUGUACAACUGCUUUAUUGGCUUGCAUGAAGUAGUUAAAUUAAUUACAGAUGAUUGAAGUAGUUUCCGAUUUUAAUCUUGUUUUAGAAAGAAUGCUUUUAUUUACAUUUAUUAGUGUGUUUCUUUGCUCACUCUCUUCAGCAGUAUUGUAUUAUUCCAGAAAAGUUUUGUUAAAUAUUUCAUUUUAGAAGACCUGAUCUUUAUACAUUAGUAAAAUCACGUGAAAGUCUAUAAAAUUGCUGAACAUCAGUAUCAAUGUUAUGUCAUUUUCACACAAGUUGCCUUUUUAAAAUGUUUUUAUUUCAUAAACUGUUCACUGUCCCUUUGUGAGUGAAUUGAUUUUUAGGGUAAAUAUUUGUGUUUGUGUCAACAGGUGACUGUUGGUUUUAUGAUUGACACACUCACUGUGCUGUGAUAGUUGUUGUUAUUUAUAACACUGAUGGUUUGUUUUGUAUUUGAAAUCAUUUGUUCCGUUGUCUACAGAUAUAGAGUUUGUGAGAUUCUGAAGUAAAUCAAAUUUGUUUCCAUUUGCUCAAAUCAACAAAUGUUAUACGAUAUAUUUAUUUUUAUUUUAAAUCAUAUUAUUGUUCCCACUCUUUACCAAAUUAAAGCGCACAAUAUCAUCUUCUUUCUUUUAUACGUACAUAUUUUAUUUAAAAGUAAACUGCAUGUCUGAACUAUUAGCCAAUGAAAAUAUAUUGAGGCAUUCUAGCUUGCAAAGUAUUUUACCCACUUUGCAUCUGAUAUCAUGUGGAUCAUCAUCGAAAUUAAAGUCAAUAUUCUUAGAUCUGAAAAAAUCUUUUUUUAUAUACUAAUUUGGUGUUAUACAUGUUUAUAUUUCUUUUAAAUGUAUUUUCACAUUGAUUGUAGAUCAUUUGUUGUAGAAUAUAUGUAUGCAUAGACAUAGUAAAGUAAAAUACGAACAGUA